GUAAUGAAUAAUGCGAAAAAAGUAAUCGAAAAAGCUCAGUUCAAUCCGAACGAUACAUUUCCGAAUGAAAAAAACAGCGAUUUGAGGGAUGCAAUCGGGAAUGUUGUCGAAAACACGGUGUUCUAUUGCAAUCUGGCAUUGCAUUUUCCCUCCGUUGUUGUUCAGAGGUAUAAGAAAGACUUAGAAUGGCAGUUCCUGUUUAACUGGGCGUAUAAUUUUGCAACGGUGGCACGAUUGCACGAUGAUGCCGCUGAGAAAUUGCUCGAUUUAGCGGGGCAGCAACUUGAAAUCAUCCCGAGGAGAGAAGAUUUUCGCAACCCGUACGAUAAAAAAGUGAUCAAGGAAGAACUGGAACGUGAAGCAGUGCGAAAGUUGGACGAAGCAAUGAAAAAGAAACACGAGGAAAAGAAGCUGGAACUUAAGAAGAAAAAAAACAGACCAACUUUAUCGAGAAUCGAUUUGUAA